AUGAAAUCUUCUAAAUCCAAAGCAAGAUCAAGAUUAACUACUGAUAAUCAUCUUGAAAACAACUUGAGAGUAGCCACCUCUAGCAUUUCUUCAAACAUCGAGAUGUUGGUGAAGAAACGUAGUAAAUGGAUUAAAACCUAUGCCGUAUCAGUUGGAGCAAAUUCGAUAAUCUAUAAUUCCUUCCUCAAAAUAGGAAGUCCUUCCAUUUGGAAUGUGGACAAAUGCAAUGGUAUCUACUGUCCUAAUUUCUUUCGACACCCAUUACUUGAUAUCUGGAACCAUCUUCCAAUUGAACAGGUAAAACUUGUGCUAUACAAAAACCAAGCAGAUAUUGUAACGAUGGUGUUUGAUGGCCGUAAUACAACCCUUCAAAGCUGGUUCUCACUCAACAAUCUGAAAAGUUCUCCAUGGACUGAUCUGAUACCAGAGAAAAACCGUCAUUUCUCAGUGGCUGGAAAUGGAAACACACGCCGUUUCUAUGUAUCACAGGCUCGUUCUUCCUGCUCGUAUCACCGUGGUUGGUUGAUAAUAAUUGGCGAUUUCAAAGGAUGUAAUUGGGAGAAAUCAGACUAUUACCCUAAAAUCAUCUACUCUAAAACGAAUUUGAGUACGAAAUGGCACGACGAAUAUGGAGUAGCUGAUUCCAUGGCCAUAUUUAUCCAGCUGUGACGAAAUUAACAACUGGAUAUCUACUGCAAUUGUUACCAAUCCUGAACGUUUACCAGCCCCUAACACUUGUUAUGCGCAUGAGUGUACAUGCGCAUAACAAGCGCAUUAUAUAUGCUUAUACUGAAUUUUAAAUAUUUAUCCAUAUGCAAAUAUUUAUCAUAGAUCCUAUCAUUCUUAGUAAAUUUCUGUUGUGAAAUUAUGUACCUCCUGUUCUAUUCUUUCGA